GUUCGUCGUCUCCUCCCCGCCUCCGGUGCUCGUCGGUCCGAACCCAAAUCGAAUCAGUGAGUUGAGAGAGAAAGCGAGAGCGAGUCAGUAGCGAAGCCAGCUAUGUCGGACAGUGAGGAGCACCACUUCGAGUCCAAGGCCGACGCCGGAGCCUCCAAGACCUACCCCCAGCAGGCUGGUACCAUCCGUAAGAACGGCUACAUCGUCAUCAAGAACCGCCCUUGCAAGGUGGUUGAAGUUUCCACCUCCAAGACCGGCAAGCACGGUCAUGCUAAGUGCCACUUUGUUGGAAUUGAUAUUUUUACUGGCAAGAAACUCGAAGAUAUUGUGCCCUCUUCUCACAAUUGUGAUGUUCCUCAUGUCAAUCGUACUGACUAUCAGCUGAUUGAUAUAUCUGAGGAUGGAUUUGUGAGUUUGCUGACUGAAAAUGGGAACACCAAGGAUGAUCUGAGGCUCCCAACCGAUGAUAGUUUGCUGACCCAGAUCAAGGAUGGGUUUGGCGAUGGCAAGGACCUGGUUGUGACUGUGAUGUCCGCAAUGGGAGAGGAGCAGAUUUGCGCUCUCAAGGACAUUGGCCCCAAGUAGUUUAUUUAUAUAAAUUAUUGAAGGACUGUUGUUGCAAUUUUAGCUGGAGAUUUUUGUGGGCCUUUAUAGCUUGCUUUUCUUAAGACUUGUGGGUAUACUGGGUUGGUUGAUGUGGAUCUGGAACAAAGUUCUAUUACCUUUUACUCUUCUGUUAUGUUUGAUUUUUAAGGACUUGUGUUCAUUAUCUACUUUUCCUUGCUUUA